AUGGAGAAGGUGAAGAUUAGAAGUACGAAAGGGCAAGCGAAAGUUUUAGGGACACUUAUUUGCAUGGUGGGAACACUUACAAUCACCUUUUGGAGAGAAGGGUUUCAAUUGAAUGGGUUAUUUAACAAGCCACUAAUCGACAUUUAUAACCCUAAAGCUUCUCACGUUCAUAAAGAAAACUGGGUCAAAGGGGCAACCCUUAUUUCAGCAAGCAAGAUUUGUUGGAGCCUGUGGCUCAUUUUCCAGGGAUUAAUACAUAAGAUGUAUCCAGCUCCGUUGUCAAUGAACAUUAUGAUAUGUCUCUUUGCAUCAUUGCAAUCUUCUUUCCUUUCUCUCUUUUUUGCAAGAGAUGCAAAUCUAUGGAAGCUCGAGUGGGAUGUAAAACUCUUUACCAUCCUUUACGGGGGUUUCAUGGUCUCAGGACUAACAUACUACCUAGUCUUAUGGUCCAUCAAUAAGAAGGGGCCGGUGUUUGCCGCGAUGUUUACUCCAUUACAACUUAUUAUUGUUGGAAUAUUUUCAGCCAUCGCUUUUAAUGAGAGACUUCAUGUGGGAAGCUUGAUAGGAGCAUUGAUUAUUAUCCUCGGACUCUAUUGCGUACUUUGGGGAAAGAGUAAAGACAACAUUUUCAUAUUAGAUGAGGGCAAAAACGAUGUUACGAAGGAGAAUAAAGUUGCUUUGGAUAUAGAUGUCAAUGAUUGUAUGGUGAAGAAUUCAAACAAAGUUGAAUCAUGA